AAGAAAGGCUUAGAGUGUAUAUUUUUGGUUGUUCUUGAGUAUAAGGCUGCCCCACAAAGGUGUUGAAUUCUAUGAUCAAAGCUCCUGCCAUGAAGGCAAUAAAGAAGAAACUUGAGAAAGAUAUUUAUGGAGUUGGAAGUAUUGGCCUUUUCACUGAUUUAGACAGAGAGAGUUUAGCAAUUAGACAGAAACCUGAGUUGGAAGAACACUCUGGUCUAGACAAAUCGAGAACAACGACUCAGGACAAACAAUGUUGUAUACCAAUCGCAGCAAUGUAUCCAAGUACCUUUCAAACCGAAAUCAACCCGUUCUCUCAUACUUCCACGUUAUUAAAAGCACUGACUCAUCAUUCACAGCAUAGGAACCUCGUGGCUGGACGUGCAGUUCAUGCACAGAUCAUCAGGACGGGUACAUCAACAUGCACCCAACAUGCCAAUGUCCUUGUCAACUUUUACGCUAAAUGUGGACAAUUGGCCAAAGCCCACUCCAUCUUCAACGCCAUAAUCUGCAAGGAUGUUGUGUCCUGGAACAGUCUCAUCACUGGCUAUUCUCAGAACGGCGGUAUCUCCAGCUCCCACACUGUUAUGCAGCUGUUUCGGGAGAUGAGAGCACAGGAUAUACUACCAAAUGCUUAUACUCUUGCCGGGAUUUUUAAGGCUGAGUCGAGUCUUCAAAGUUGUACAGUUGGGAGGCAGGCUCACGCACUUGUGGUCAAAAUGUCAAGUUUUGGGGAUAUAUAUGUUGACACUUCGUUGGUGGGCAUGUACUGUAAAGCGGGCUUGGUCGAGGAUGGACUUAAAGUGUUCGCCUUUAUGCCUGAAAGAAAUACUUAUACAUGGUCUACUAUGGUUUCUGGUUAUGCUACAAGAGGACGUGUUGAGGAGGCAAUUAAAGUCUUCAAUUUGUUUCUUAGAGAGAAGGAGAAAGAAAGUGAUAGUGACUAUGUCUUCACUGCGGUUCUUAGCUCGCUGGCUGCAACCGUAUAUGUAGGACUAGGCAGGCAAAUCCAUGGCAUCACAGUUAAAAAUGGGUUGCUUGGGUUUGUAGCUUUGAGUAAUGCGCUCGUUACAAUGUAUUCAAAGUGUGAGAGCUUGAAUGAGGCAUGCAAGAUGUUUGACUCGUCUGGUGACAGAAAUUCAAUUACAUGGUCAGCAAUGGUCACUGGUUAUUCUCAGAAUGGGGAAUCACUUGAAGCAAUAAAGCUUUUCUCGAGAAUGUUUUCUGCUGGAAUCAAGCCCAGUGAAUACACGAUUGUUGGGGUUCUAAAUGCAUGCAGUGACAUUUGCUAUCUAGUAGAAGGGAAACAACUUCAUUCUUUCUUGUUAAAGUUGGGAUUUGAAAGACAUUUAUUUGCAACUACUGCAUUGGUUGACAUGUAUGCAAAAGCCGGUUGUCUAGCAGAUGCCAGGAAAGGUUUUGACUGCCUACAAGAACGUGAUGUGGCGCUUUGGACAUCGCUUAUUAGCGGAUAUGUUCAAAACUCAGAUAACGAAGAGGCUUUGAUUCUGUACCGCAGAAUGAAAACAGCAGGUAUUAUCCCAAACGACCCAACCAUGGCAAGUGUUCUAAAAGCUUGCUCCUCUCUAGCUACCUUGGAGCUCGGAAAGCAAGUACAUGGCCACACAAUCAAGCACGGGUUUGGGCUUGAAGUUCCAAUUGGAAGUGCACUUUCUACAAUGUACACAAAGUGCGGGAGUUUAGAAGAUGGGAACCUCGUCUUUAGAAGAACUCCCAAUAAAGAUGUUGUGUCUUGGAACGCGAUGAUCUCAGGCUUGUCCCAUAACGGACAAGGAGAUGAGGCUUUGGAACUGUUUGAGGAGAUGUUAGCAGAAGGAACAGAACCAGAUGAUGUCACUUUCGUGAACAUUAUAUCAGCGUGCAGCCAUAAAGGGUUUGUAGAGAGAGGCUGGUCUUAUUUCCAUAUGAUGUCUGAUCAGUUCGGGCUUGAUCCAAAAGUUGACCACUAUGCUUGUAUGGUUGAUGUGCUGAGCCGUGCAGGACAGCUCAAAGAGACAAAAGAAUUCAUCGAAUCAGCUAGUAUUGAUCACGGUUUAUGCCUUUGGCGGAUACUAUUAAGCGCAUGUAAGAACCAUGGGAAUUGUGAGCUAGGAGUUUAUGCAGGAGAGAAGCUCAUGUCCCUUGGAUCUAGAGAAUCAUCAACGUAUGUGCAACUGGCAGGCAUUUACACGGCUUUAGGGCGGAUGAGAGAUGUGGAACGGGUUUGGAAACUCAUGAGAACAAACGGGGUGAGCAAAGAAGUGGGUUGCAGUUGGAUCGCGCUGAAGAAUCAGUGGCAUGUUUUUGUUGUGGGAGAUACAAUGCAUCCGAGGAUUGAAGAGACAAAGGAUCUUGUUAGUUUGGUUAGUAGACAGAUGUUGGAAGAAGGAUUCGUAACUGUGUUGAAUUCUUCUUAUGUCGAAGAAGGAACACAAUUAUGUACUUCUUUCAUGAUAUAAUCUUUUGUUGUAUUCUUUUAUAUUAUAGGUUUUUAAUUUUAGGUUUGUAACUUAAGGUGUGAAAAUGUAUCACAAAUAGUUAUUAUUUUGCUAACCAAAUGAUUAUUCACUUAGUGGCAUUGCGAAUAUCUUUUA